AUGGUGAUUUCCGGUGCGCCUGAGCCGACGCCAGAGCUCGUUGCCUCCUGGUCGGCAAUGGUCGCCAGGCCUCAGUCUGAGCCCGAAAGGGCGACCACGGGGACGAAGCCCCCUCUGCCUCCGGCUCCGAAGCCCUCGACAGCAUCCUCUGAAAAGAUUCCUCACCCCGGACCCGUGGCUCUCCUUGUUGCGGAUGCGCCUGGUUCAACUGCGACUGUUGUCGCUCAGACUCCUGCAACUGCUGCUGCUGUGCCAUCUGCCCCGACUGUGUCGGCUGAACCCCAGGCGUCCCCUGCCGCACCGCCGGAGUCUGUCGCCGACCUCUCGGCUCCCUUGCCUGCGGGACUUGUUGCGGCGCCUGAGUUGCCGACUCCUGCCUCUGCCUCGUCCCCGCAGGCGGCGUCCGCCAGCACUGGCGGCCCGGCCUCGUUUGGUGCGCCGCCGGUUGGGGGUCCGGCUGCACCUGUUGUGCCACCGACUGCUCCUGUGGCGCAGCUGUCUCGCCCGCCGUCUCCUGGCCGCCGCCCAUCUCGCCCUCAUUCUCCCGCUCCCCAGCAGGAUCGUCAGUCCUCACGGCGCCGGCGCAAUUCUCCCCGUCGCCCGGAUCAGCAGGCCCAGUGGCACGCGAACCACGGCGGCCGCGGUGGCUGGUGGGGUCCCCGCGGUCGCGGAGGUGGUGGGGCGUACGAUCCUCCCGUGAGGAUGGCGGAUCUGCAGCGGGCGGUGUCAACUGCGGUGCGCGAGGAGAGGGCCGCCCUGACCCAGGGCGGCUCUCACGCUGUCGUGGCACGUGCUGCUCCUCGACAGGCUGUACUUCCUGAAGAUCCGCCGCUUGCUGCACCCGUCCCUCAUCAGAUUCCGGCCCCGUCGGCUCCCGCUGUUUCUGCCUCCGCUCCUGUUCCUGGGUCUCGGCUUCGUACAGACAUGCAAGAUAUGGAUGGCAAGGUCUAG